AUGGCCUUUCAAGCUCGCGCAUUCCAGCAAGCAUGUCGACUUCGUUCUCAACCGGCCACGAGCAUGAUGCGGCUUGAAAAUCCACAAGCCAAUGCAAAUACCAAUGCCACCACCUCGAUCCUGACCACCAGCCGCCCUUACACAUCUCAACAUACGAGAACGAGAUCGAGGCCGCAGACACGAAGUCCUCCCCUGGCCCUAUCACUCUCCCUCCCCGGCCAAGCUCGGCGGCACACAAGGCGCGCAAGCAGCAGUGCCAGCUCCUCCUCCUCUUCCUCCACCACUCCCCGACGAUCCAUCACCGUAACCAGCGACGACGGACGGUACAACUGGUCGGAUCUCAGCACAUCCGAAAAAGCGGCAAGGGGGACACAACAGACGUUCAACUUUUUACUCGUCGCCGCAGGACUCGUUGGCACCGUCACGAUAUCCUACCUCCUGUACCAAGAACUUCUCUCGCCCGACUCGUCGGCGAUCCAAUUCAACGCGGCCGUCUCGCGCAUAAAGUCGUCGCCCGAGUGCCGCGCCCUGCUCGGCCCGUCCAGGGAGAUCACUGCGUUCGGGGAGCCCACGGCCAACAAGUGGGCGCGCGCCCGGCCCCUCGCGCACUCGACCGAGACGGACCGCUACGGGACGACACAUUUCCGCAUGCACUUCAACGUCGCCGGGCCCGAGGGCGAGGGUGUCGUGACCGUGCACAUGACCAAGCCGCGCGGCGGGGACAGGUUGGAGUACCAACUGCUCAGUUUGACCGUCAAGGGCCAUGAGACGGUGUACUUGGAAAACAAAGAGGCCGAGAGGAACGUCAAGAGCAAAGUCGGCAAGAUGUUUGGUGUACAAUGGCGGUAG